CUAUUGUCCUUACGAAACAGGUAUCGGUUAUCCGGGUAUAGUAACGGCGCACGGACUGGGAUAGGAUAAUUCAUGUCAGAUGAAUUGGUGUCAGCGGCUAGUCCCAUUCAGAGGAAAUAAUUAAACUAUCAAACCUGAUAAAUUGAGGUCAUUAUCUCCGCAAUUUACGACAAUUCACACUACCAUUCAUUUACUUCUUAGUCUCUAUAGUUGCUUGGAAUCAAAUACAUCAUGGUCGUCGAGGCCCCGCUUUCAGAACUUAUCCUGCGCAGUCCAGCAGAAUCAGUUUUAAAAGCUCUUCAGGUGUCUUGCCUGAAUCAAAAAGCUUUUGACUGUGAUUCCGUUCAGCGAAGACUGCAUCCAGAAGCCAAGUUGCUUCUGGAGGCUUGCCAGAGGUUUGGAGGAGAGGAAUCUUUCGACGAAGAUAUAUCGCACAUAUUCAACAAUAAACUACUGUGUGAUCAUGUCAAGACUAUUUCUCAAACCCUACACCGCGAAACAUUGCUCAAGCUAUCCUUUCUUACGUGGAAUUUUGACGGAUCCGGCUUGGUUUCCAAACAGCUCCGUCAAUUCCUUGCAGACCCUGAGAACGACCACGUUGAGCACAUCUGCAAUACUAUAUGGCAACGUCUAGUUGAUCGUUCAGAAUGCAAGAAAACAAAGAUUGAAUUCGCUCAAGAAAUGGUAAGUGUGUUGAAGAAUCUUAAGGCAGCUCUGGUAUUUAGGUGGAACGUGAUCUAUGUUUCGAUGUUGGACAGUAUGCAUAUCACCAAUGCACUGUAAUCCAUGGAGGUUAAACGUUCAACAUUCAAGUUUCCGUGACGAUGGGUCUAGCGACAAGCCGCUGAAAUUAUGUAUUUCCUGUUUGUGAGUCCUUUGAGACACUUGGGGGAAAUUAUACGCUUCGGAAAAUAUUUAGAGAAAUUCGCUGAAAAAUGCUCUGGCUGCGG